AAAGAACGAGCAGGCGGGUCCUCGAGAUUCGGCCCGAGAGACAGAAUCCAAAAGGCCAGGUGUCAGCAGCUGCGUGCCUUAACCGAAGUGGUAUGAGUGAGGUGGUUUUUGAUGAUGAAGUCUUUUACGAGUCGUUGAAGCCAAAUCUUAUACCGCUCAUCAUUCACCGCACAAAAUGGCGUCGCCAUCUGAUUGUAAAGCUACCAUUAUCGACGGCAAAGCUAUCGCUCAGACGAUCAGAUCUGAAAUUGCCGACGAGGUCCGUCAUCUCUCCCAGAAAUACGGCAAGGUGCCAGGCCUAGCUGUUGUAAUUGUUGGGAACAGGAAAGAUUCUCAAAGCUAUGUGGGAAUGAAGAGAAAAGCCUGUGCUGAAGUUGGGAUUAGAUCUUUUGAUGUGAAUCUCCCUGAAGAAGUACCUGAAUCCGAUUUGAUCAGCAAAGUUCACGAGCUCAAUGCAAAUCCUGAUGUACAUGGCAUAUUGGUUCAGCUUCCUUUACCAAAGCACAUAAAUGAAGAGAAAGUUUUGGGUGAAAUCAGUCUUGAAAAAGAUGUAGAUGGUUUUCACCCUUUGAAUAUCGGCAAACUUGCGAUGAAAGGCCGAGAACCCCUUUUCCAACCUUGUACUCCCAAGGGGUGUCUUGAACUGCUAUCUCGAAGUGGUGUAAGUGUAAAGGGAAAAAAUGCUGUUGUUGUGGGUCGAAGUAACAUAGUUGGGUUGCCAGUUUCCUUGCUGCUUCUCAAGGCUGAUGCUACUGUUAGCAUUGUUCAUUCACGUACACCGGAUCCCGAAAGGCUAGUUCGUGAAGCUGACAUUGUUAUAGCUGCAGCAGGACAAGCUAUGAUGAUCAAAGGCAGUUGGAUCAAACCUGGUGCUGCGGUUAUUGAUGUUGGAACCAAUGCUGUUGAUGACCCAACUAAGAAAUCAGGAUACAGGUUAGUGGGAGACGUGGAUUUUGAAGCAGCAUGUAGGGUUGCUGGAUGGAUAACACCUGUUCCUGGUGGCGUUGGCCCGAUGACAGUUGCAAUGCUGCUCCGGAAUACCUUAGAUGGUGUGAAGCGUGUGAUUGAGCAAUGAGGUAUCUCAUUUCCAUCACUCGUUUACUUCAUAAUAAAAUUUGCUUAAGUUUAACCUCUGAGUUGCAUCUCUGACUUCAAAAAAAAAAAAAAGGUCUUUUUUUUUUGAAGUGUAAGGUAUCAUUGCCUCCCUCCCAUACUCAAAAAGCGUAAUAGAAAUCAAUUUCAGAAAACUUUACAGAGCUGUUUUAGGACUUGGGAUUUUGUCUGUUGCAUGUUUAAACAUGUUCACCUUUUCUUUCCAUGAAGGUUCCAAAUAUGCUGUCAGUUUCUGUAUUUAAGAAUAAGUUAAUUAAAUUUUCUUACCUUUUCGAUUUAAAA